GUCGCAAAAAUCGCACAUGCCAUUCAUUUCCUUCACUCGGAAGAUAUAGUCCACUCUGAUAUAAAACCGGCCAAUAUCUUGAUAUCUGACACAGGGGACCCGCUUCUUUGUGACUUUGGCGUAUCUCGCAUGCUUACUGCAUCACAAUCGUUGCAGUUCAGUAGCUCCUCAUCAAGCGAGAUUAGAGGAACUAUUGCAUAUAUGUCAAAGGAGAUACUUGCUAGUCAAGAUCAGGAUGCAAUUAAAUACUCCAGAGAGUCUGACGUAUGGGCAUUCGGAAUGACUGUAUAUGCUCUUUUAACAAAAAAGCAGCCAUAUUAUGAAAAAGCAGCUAUUCCUAUAGUGUUACUUGCCAUAAUUCAAGGUUCACUGCCUACUCCUCCAGCCAACACAGGCCAAGGACCAACUUUGGAGUAUUAUACGUGGAAAUUGUGCAAACGUUGUUGGGAACCACCAAAGGAUCGGAUAUCUGCAGAAUUGUGUAUCGGGUAUUUGAAAAGUAUGGAGAGGAAUAGGGAAAAAGGUACUUCAAACCUAAUAAAUCCACUCAAAGAACGUCAAGGGUUCAUGUACAAAGGCCUAUACAAUCCGAAAGUCUUUGUCUAG